AUGGACACUGUCGAUUAUCGAAACCUGCGCAACUACGCCACCGGUGCCAUCAUAGGCAUGCUCGGGUUUUCCUACUUUGUGGUUUACCUAUUGAUGUUCCUGGUUUUUCAUUUUCCUACAUCUCAAGAGUCAAUCCCAUACGCUCUAACAGUCAUCGCGUUUGGUGGAGGUAUUUCCCUGUGGUAUCUGUGUGUUGUCUUCCAGAAUGGCUUCUAUGCAUUGCACAAGGAAGAAGCGGCAAAGGAGCAAGAUUCCAUGUGGUCUGUAGGUCUGUUUCUGUUAUGGACCGCAGCACUUCCGACGAUCGCUUUUCUCUUUCCAGCUCAACCGUUGCUACAACUUGGAUACGCAUCGGCUUUCACCGUGAUCGCUGUUGGAAGCCUUUCAGACGCUUAUCUCAAAGACGAGAAUACUGGGACGUUUCCCGCGGAGCCGCUCCACGCUCCCUCCCCACUGGCCGCUGCAUUCGGUCGACUGGUGCUUAUCAACCUAUUCGGCUGUGCUAUCUACGCUUUGCGCCCUCUUGAGAGAAUUGGAAUAACCCGGUCUUGGCAGCCGAGUCUCCACGGCAUGUACUUGGUUUUGACAUACAGCCUCGUGGAGUAUUCCAAAGCGGUCGUGCAGGUAGCAAUUCCUUACAUGUCUUGA